CCAACCAUUAGCUUCAGAGUUUUCCUUAACUCUAUGGGGCUUCCCACCUUCACCCUUGCAGUUGUUUCUGUCUUUUGCUUUUGUUUGGCCACCUAUGCCACUGUCGGGAAUGAGACAGACCGACUAUCCUUGCUUCAAUUCAAGGCCAAAAUAGUCCAAGACCCUUUCAUGGUUUUGAGCUCAUGGAACGACACCACCCACUUCUGCCAUUGGCGUGGCGUCACAUGUGGUCACCGCCACCAAAGGGUCAUGGAGUUGCGCCUUCCAUCUCAGAAACUCGUGGGGUAUGUAUCUCCUUCCAUUGGAAAUUUGAGCUUUCUAAGGAUUCUAUAUCUCUCAAACAAUAGCUUCAGUCACGAAAUCCCUCCACAAAUAGGUCGUUUGCGUAGAUUGGUGGUACUACAGUUGUCCAAUAAUUCAUUUGAGGGGAGAAUUCCUGCCAAUGUAUCUGGUUGCUCUAACCUCAAGUUUUUCAGUCUUGGUUAUAACAAUUUGGUCGGGCAAAUUCCUAUUGAGCUUGGCUCCUUGUCAAAGCUUCAAUUCUUUUAUGUAUACAAAAACAAACUAACAGGAAGUAUCCCUCCAUUUCUUGGCAACUUAUCGUCACUUGAAGAACUUUAUUUAGACUUAAAUAAUCUGGGUGGGAGUAUUCCUAGUGCUCUAGGCCAACUUAUAAAUCUUACAACUAUUGUACUUGAUUCAAAUCAGUUAUCUGGUACCAUCCCUCCAUCAAUCUUCAAUCUCUCUUCUAUUAGAGUUCUUGGUGUGGGACAUAAUCAAAUCCAAGGGAGUCUUCCGUGGGACUUGGGGAUAACUCUUCCGAAUCUCCAAGACCUUGGUGUUGGCACUAACCAAUUUAUUGGUUCCAUUCCUCCUUCAAUAUCCAAUGCCUCAAAUCUGCUAUUUAUUCAAUUUGGAACGAACAAAUUUAGUGGAAACAUGCCUUCUUUGGAAAAGUUGCAUAAGAUUGAACGGUUGAGCACUACCUUGAACCAACUCGGAAAUGGGGGAGCUAAUGACCUGAGUUUUCUUUGCUCUUUGACCAAUGCUACCAGGUUAGAGCUGUUGGCUAUAAACGCUAACAAUUUUGGUGGAAUCUUACCUGAAUGCAUCAGUAACUUCUCAUCUACUCUUACAAUAUUGGCAGUAGAUAACAACAAUAUAGUUGGAACGAUUCCGAGUGGGAUCGUGAAUCUCGUCAACUUAGAGUGGCUCGAAAUGAGGAAUAACAAAUUGUCAGGGAACAUUCCCCCAGAUAUUGGAAAUCUUAAGAGACUACAUAUAAUGCAUCUUGACAUAAACAAUCUCUCCGGAAACAUCCCACACUCUUUUGAAAAUCUGAGUAUGUUACUUGAACUAACUUUAAGUGAUAAUGAUCUUCAUGGAAGCAUACCUUCAGGUCUAGGAAACUGCCAAUCUUUGCUAUUAUUAAAUCUUUCUAUUAAUAAUCUUAGUGGUACCAUACCUCCAGAAAUCUUUAGUCUCUCAUCCUUGUCAAUCGGUCUCUAUUUGUCUAGAAACCGUUUCACGGGUCCCCUUCCCAUGGAAGUUGGAAAUCUGAAAAAUCUAGGUAUACUGGAAAUGUCAGAAAACAUGUUAUCCGGUGAAAUUCCAAAGAGUAUUGGCAGUUGUAUUAUGAUGGAGAUUCUGGGCAUGCAAGGAAACUUCUUCCAAGGGACCAUUCCAUCAAGUUUUGGUUCUUUAAGAGGUCUUCAAGAGUUAGAUCUUUCUCGAAACAGCUUGUCAGGAAAAAUUCCAGACUUUUUUGCAAGUUUCAACUCGUUGGAUCUUUUGAAUUUAUCUUACAACAAUUUUGAGGGUAUGGUGCCAACAAAUGGCGUUUUCAAGAACUCAAGUGCAACUUCAGUCAUGGGAAAUAGUCAACUAUGCGGGGGGAUACCUGAGAUGCAAUUGCCAAAAUGUAACUUCAAAGAGUUUAUGAAGACGAAAUUGACCUUAUCCAUGAAAUUAAUUAUCUCCAUAGUUUGCGGGCUUCUAGGUGUAACUUGUGUGCUUUCUUUUCUCUUUGUCUGUUGGUUACGAAAGAAAAGAAAAGAAACUACUUCAAGUUCUUCAGGAAAUUUGCUUUUGAAUUUGUCUUACCAAAGUCUCCUAAAAGCCACUGAUGGGUUCUCCUCUGCUAAUUUGCUUGGUGUGGGUAGUUUUGGAUCUGUGUAUAAAGGAAUCAUCGAUGAGGGCAGAACGGCAAUUGCUGUCAAGGUGCUUAACCUUCUGCGUCAUGGAGCUUCAAAGAGCUUUCUUGCUGAGUGCAAGGCCCUAAGAAGCAUCAGGCAUCGGAAUCUUGUAAAGAUACUUACAGUUUGUUCAGGUGUUGAUUAUCAAGCCAAUAAUUUCAAGGCUCUAGUUUAUGAAUUCAUGGUCAAUGGGAGCCUUGAGGAUCGGUUGCAUCCAACUAUUAAAGAAGAUGAGGCGCACCAAGAGCAGAGGAAUUUGAAUCUUUAUCAAAGAUUGAAUAUCACCAUUGAUGUUGCGAGUGCAUUGGAAUAUCUCCACCAUCAUUGUCAAACACCAAUCCUCCAUUGUGACCUAAAGCCGAGCAAUGUUCUUCUUGACGAUGAAAUGAUUGGGCAUGUCGGAGACUUUGGGUUGGCAAGAUUCUCUCCCGAAGCUAACCAUAAUUCUUCAACCAACCAGUCAAGCUCUAUUGGCAUAAGAGGAACUAUUGGUUAUACUCCACCAGAGUAUGGUAUGGGAAAUGAGGUCUCCUCCUAUGGCGAUGUAUAUAGCUAUGGGAUCCUCUUGUUAGAAAUGUUUACUGGAAAAAGACCAACAGAUGAUAUGUUCCAAGGCACUCUAAAUCUACAUUCCUUUGUCCAAGAAGCUUUGUCUGAACGAGUGGUCGAGAUUGUGGAUCCAAUUCUUUUGCAGGGAAUCGAAGAAUAUAUAACUAUGAAUGAUUCUCAUAAUAAUAGCGGGACUAGAAGAGGUGAAAUCCAUGAAUGUUUGAUUUUGAUAUUUGGAAUUGGAGUUGCUUGCUCUGUUGAAGAGCCCAGAGAACGGAUGAGCAUUAAAGAUGUUGGAACUAAGCUUCUUCUGAUCAAGAAAAAGCUUCUUGAAACUAGAAGACAUGGAAGUAGUUGAAUUACGAGUAGACCAUAAUAUCAACAUGUAAUAUCGGUAAUUUAGUGAUAAUUAUACUUUGGUUAAGUAAAUGGAUGAGGCAUCUAAUGGUACCAAACUACCAAUUAAUGCCAAUAAAAAGCUCAUUGCAUCUUUCAUUCUCUUACUUUAAUAAAUGAUCUCCCUUCUUGAUUUU